GAAUUUAGUUGUUUGUUGUUUUCAAUUUUCAAUCCUUUUUACUUUCACUAUGGUUCCUCCUCAGUACGGUUGUAUCAGCUGUGACUUCCUGUCCCCGCGACCUCCUUUUUGUUUGCUUUUCCUUCUGCUGAUUUUUCCCUCCCUUCUGUGUUUCCUUUCAGGCAAUCUCUCAACAAGACUUGGUGUACAUGGCAAUCCAGAUUGCCUGUGGUAUGAGCUACCUGGCUCGCCGGGAGGUGAUACACAAAGAUCUUGCCGCCAGGAACUGUGUCAUUGACGACAACAUGCAGGUGAAGAUCACAGACAAUGCUCUUGCUCGGGACCUAUUCCCCAUGGAUUACCACUGUCUGGGCGAUAACGAGAACCGGCCCGUUCGCUGGAUGGCCCUGGAAAGCUUGCUCAACAAUGACUUCUCGAGCGCGAGUGAUGUGGUAAGAAACGAUCUGCCAGAGCUCCCCUUCAUUUAGAUCAAGGCAGCAUCCGUGUAACGUCUGUGAACA